GUUAAAGAAGGAUGCAAGAGUGUGAAGUUUGACAAAACACGAGAUAAUGGGGAAGAAAAAGAACGUUAAAGAUCUGACUGCAGACAGUUCCCAGCAAGUACUUGUAAGCAAACUGUCUGGAAGGCGUACAAAGAUGACUGUAUCAACUCAAAGUCUCUUAGAAGAAAGCAAAUAUGAUUUGGAUUCUUAUGAGGGGUACUGGACAGAAUGUGAAUCAGAAGCACGGAAAUCAAAAACACGGGAGCAUAUUCGCAAGGUCGGAAACAAGAAGGCACUUCGACAGCAGCAAACUGAAGAGGUAUCCAGUAUGUUUUCCGGUGUGGAGACAAAUAACACACAGGUAUCCAGGAAGGCCACUGGAAGGCGCACUAAGACGAACUUAACUGUUGACAAGACCCAAGACGUGGUGAGUCUGCAAGACUAUUAUGCAGAAUCGGAAGGAGAAAAUAGCAUAACUAUACACAGAGAGUCUGUACAGACGACACCCAGCGCACAAGAAUGUGACGAUCUGGCAUUAACAGCCACCAAGGUCAGUAGAGAACCACAUGAAUCGUGUGACACAGGUCUGGUGGCAUCCUUGGAUAAUGUAGGAGUUUCUGGUGUUGAAUCAGUUAAGUCAGCAAAAAACACCAAAGAGACAUUUUGUCAGCAGAAUGCUAAAUCUACAGGACAAUCCACACCACUUAGGAGGAGCAAGAGAAAUAAACGGUUGUCUGAUAACCAACAGUUCUCUGAAUCAAACUCUGUCCCAGUUACCAUGAGUCUGUUAGAGAAGACUUUGGAACGCUCUGUGAAAAGACAAGGUAGAAGUCCAUCCUAUGCUAAUAGGAAAUCUACAAAGACGCCACAUAAUCAGCCUGUUGGUGUGCAAAAUGAUCCUCAGAUCCGAAGCACAUCAGUGAUUCAAGCUGGUCAGGCUGAAGGUGAGCCAUUUCAUGACAGUCAAGCUGCAGGCUAUGCACCUAGUUCCCCUGAAUAUACCUACAAUAGAGAAGCACACCAAAGUCCAGCAGAAAUAACUGCAUUAGCCCAGGCAAGUGAUUGUGUUGAUGCCAGAUGCGAUGAGGAGGAGGAGGAUGAGAAUGGGGCAGUGGAUGUAGAGUAUGCCAACACUUCUGACUCUGAUGAAGUCAAAAUUUAUCCAAAUUCCUCAAGAAAGUGCAUAAGUUUGAAAGAAAACAACUCUCACAUGAAACUGGAGCUGCCCAGAGUUAAAGAUAAACCUUUGUACUCUGAUGACAAGUCAUCGCAUGUUACAGAGGUUGGUAGACCGUUGGCCCUCCUACAGAUGACCAUGAGCAUUGCUGGGGAAGCUACAGGCUCAUGGACUAAAAUUGUGCGAAGUGAUAGUAAAGAUCACACUCUGGAGGACCCAUUGAUGUUACAGCCUUCCAGAAAGAGACUCACAUAUUCUGCUGACCCACCACCAUGUUUUGCUGAAAGUCUCCAAGAUAAAGGAAAUUGCAGUUUGGAUGACACUGAGCAAGCCUUUGGAGGUGAAGAGCUGGUUGAUGUAGGAGUGGAAUCAUUUGGUGAAAUGCACAAGGGAAAAUAUUCUGCUGCUGAAGCAGUGAUGCAAAAUGUAAACAGCACCAGACAGACACCAAGGAAACCUUCAGUAAAGUCGGAUCCAAAAUUACGGAAGUCACAGAAAGCUAAGUCUGUGAAAAAACUUGGUAAUGAAAGGGCAGAAGCCAACGAAGAAAAACAGUACAGUGUACAAACCCAACAUAAGCGCCAAAAGGAUGGUGGUUUCAGGGCUAAUCGGUCAUUUGAUUUAGCACAGACAAAGAUUUUAACUCAGUCUGGUAUUCAAGGAACUGUUAAUGAAAAUCCAAUGAGAGAAGGGGGAGUGGUAUUAGAAUCUGCUGUUGAGAAUAAACAAGAUGAGAAAUCCAUCAAGAUCAAAAGAAAACGUGGAAGACCAAAGAAAGUAAGUCAACUUCGAAAGCAGUGCCCAUCAGCCACAGACACUGAGUCUGCAUUUGUUUGUCUUUCUCCUUAUAAUACAAUAGUCAAGACAGGUCCAGCAAAAAGGGCUGGUGCUAGUAUUAGAACUUCUAAAGAUCAGGGUACAAGUCAAACAGCUAUAACUGAUGUUUCCAAAAAGGUCAAUCAAGCUGUAAAAUGCACAGUCAAGGAUAGAACUGUGUCAGAAAAUAUGUCAACUGCAUCUUUGUGCUCAGAUGAGGCUCACAGAAGGAUGGAUUUGGAACUAGAUGUAGAAGAGGAAGACGAUGAGGAUUUUGUCAUUCUUGACAGUUCUCGUCAAAAUUCUGUGAAAACUUCAGGGGAAAGUCCAUGUUGUGGACUAAAAACUAAGAGGAAACGAACUUCAGACGCUGAAAAAAGGAACUCCAGUGUUAGAGGAUCAGUUGUAUCUCCACAUCCCACAAACAAUGAGAGUGACUGUUCACUUAUAGAGUUUAAAGGCACAAAACAAAAGGGGUUGGUUUGUGUGGUGAGCUCUCCGGCUGAGCAAUCAACUCCGCAUAAAGUAAUGCCCAGAGGAAGACGUAAGAAAACAACGACAGCUAACAAAGUGUCUGCGGGGAAGAAAAGGUUUCCAGUAGUUGUAGUGUCUAAGUUAUCCAGUUCACCUUUUCAGCGAUUCCAGUUGGAGGAAGGAGGUGUUAAAUUGGCUAAACCACAGUGUGAGGAACCAGUGCCAGCUGCCACAGCUCCCAGAAAGAGCAGGAAAAAAGUCUCCAAGAAAGUGUCCAAACAGCCAAAUGAUGAAUCAGAGUAUGUAACCCCUGUUAGGAAACCUCCAGUAUUGAAGAUGUCAGAUUUUGACCAGGUCAAGGAGUAUGAUACAGAUUACAAUGACUACAGUGCUAUUGCCGGGUCAUUCAGUGGGCCAAGUUUUCGACCUAAGCGACGAAAAUUCUCUGAACUGGAACAGGAUGAAGCAGAAACAUCAUUGAUAAACAGUCCUCCUGAAAAUUCCCCUGGCGAAGACGAUCAAGAAGAACGCAACCUUACUGGUGCAGAAGAUACAAAGGAAGAUAAUGAUCUGUGUAUGGCACACUCCGAACUCAGUCAGUCCCUUGACAUCACCCCACACGUACAAAACCCUGCCAGUGGCAUCCAGAAGAGGCAACAGAGGAGAGUGACCAUCAAUUCUAUCGUUCUACCCUCUCCAACACAUCACAGUGAACCUUCAGCUACUCCAGCCACAGUGAGGAAGUCGAUAUUAAAAACACCAGGAACAAACAGCAAGACAAAGUCAUAUUCAGAAACACCAUUGAGUGAAGCCCCGGUCCAUUAUUGGGAGAUGACAAGAAGUGAUACGCCAGCUGUUGGUUUUGUUCCUCAAGCAACGGAGAAUAAAAAAAUAAUUCAGCCUGCCCCUGCUCCUGAAGGUCUACGCAGAUCACAACGAACAAGGCUUAAACCUUUGGCAUGGUACCAGAAUGAGAGGGCUGUCUAUGACAAAAGAAAGUCUGGGGGUUUCUUGAUUGUUGAUGUGGCUCCGCCUGCUGUAGACCCCACUCAAGAAAGAACAAAUAAACUGAAAAGGAAAGCCCAGCAAGCAAAGAGACAACAGACUAUGGAACUGAAGGAGCGAAGGCUGUCCGUCCAUGUCAGUUUACCAGAAAAGGUGAAAUUGGCCAGUGGAGGGAACAUCAUGGUGAGAAAUCCAGCAACAGCAAACACAGAAACCCUUGAAGGAUGUAUUGGAACACAGACAUCUGCUCAGUACUGGGGGCCAACAGGGCAGCAGGGCCAAACGACUGAUCCGUACGUUCUUUGUAAAUACUUUCAAGAAAAGGCGUUUUCAGCUGGAGAGUUAGUGAUCCGGCCAAUGGAAGAAAAGCCAACACAGACUGUGUCAGAAAGCACAAUGAUAUUUUCUAUAUUGGAGGGCAAAUUGGCAGUUACUAUCCACGAGACAACCUCAAUUUUACAGAAAAGAGAUGUCUUUUAUAUCCCUCCAGAGAACACAUACAGCUUGAAAAACCUUCGGAAGACAUCAGCAAAGCUGUUUUUCACUCAAGUGAGAGGGAAUGCAACAUUAAAUGCGGCCCCUUGAGAGUAGAAUCGCUUGACUGUAUUAGAUGAUGAAAAGGUUUUGAAAAAUGUCAUCUUUAUGUUAACGCACACUGUCAGUAUUUAUUUUUAAACUGUGUAACCUGUUGUUGAAACAUUUCAUGACACAUCUGAUCACGCAUGAGAUGUAUGGUGUGGAAAAACAGAUGGUAAAUAUGUCAUUAGCAUUAGUACUUGUACGUACUGUCCUUGACAAAUCUGUUAUCAUCAUUACAUAUUUACCCUAUGUAGGUUCUACUUUUGUUAAGCUCAUAAAUAUUGUUUUAUCUCCACUUCAGUUUUGUCUUACAAGUUUUAGUUAAGUCUUUUACAUAGAUUCAGUGACAUUUGAUGGAAGAAUAUGUGUUUCUAUACCUUUUUACUUUCUGGCAGUUAUGGUGCAUCAAUCAAAAAAUAUUUUCACAAACACAGGCAGCUCUCAUAAUUCUGUUGAGGUGCUCUAGUCACUGUGCACAGCGUUAAAGUUAUGCAUUUUUCUUUUUGCAUCUUAGUUGGUUGUACCAGGUAUGCACUAGAUACACACAAGUUUUAGACACUUAUCAUCAAAUCUCUUUGUUUUUGUUGAUGCCCAAAUAUUACAUUUUGUAGUUUAAUUGUUGGUCUAAAAUACUUCAGGAGAAUAAGAAAAUUAGCUUGGUUUUGUCAUUUUCGUAAAUUACUGUUGUUAUAAGGACAAAAAUUUAUUUAAUGUCCAAUUUCAUCUGAGUUUAUGUUAACUAUUGUUUCCCCUCAUAGAUACAUCCCUAUUGUUGUAACUUGUUAAGGAAAUGACGUUUAUGCUAUGAUUGAAAGACAGGUAUUCUGGUUUUGUUUAUCUGAAUUUAUAAGCAUUUAAAAUACUUUUUCUGUCUGUUUAUAUGCUUUAAAUAUUCUGAUCAUAUAUUUACUUUUAUUUUGUCAGUGAUUUGUUGAAUAUGCUAAUGUUUCUAAAAGUGAGCCUAUAUUGAGAUAUUUGGCUUAUAUUUCAUCAAAGUCAAAACAUAUUGACAAAUGUGGCUGGUAAUUGUGUUAGAUGUUAAGCUUCAAAUCUAAUAACUUUACAAUGUUAAGGCUUCUUUUGACCAAAUUAUCCAUUUUUUCAUUAACACACUCAGUAUUAACACUUUGUACUUUCUCGACUCUCUACUCUGCAAAUAAAAUCUUGUUAACUCAGACUGGUCAUUGUUACAAAUUAAAUAUUGGUCCCUUACAUGCAAUUGUAUGGACAGGCACGGUCACAGGUGCCAUUAUUCCUUUGUUCCAUAACGAGAGCCAUUUUGAGAACAAUUCAUUUUCAGAUUCAGGGCAAAGAAAUUGCUCUUCAGAAUGUUAUUUUCUAUGAUACAACAUCAAAGUUUUGUCAGGUGCUCUUUGAUAUGCUCAACUCAUUUCCAAUUUGUUAAGUGUUGUGUCAUUCAUACUACUUUUUAUGUCAUAUAAGCUCUAUUAAUAUUUUCAUCCCUGUUUAUUCUGUUACAUGUGCUUCUACGCACUUUUUUGGGCUCUGACAUUUGUACUUAGUUGUUCCUGUUGAACCUGUCAUUUGAAUCUGCCUUGUAUAAAGCCCAACCAAUCACUAUUAGUUAUCACUGUCAUAUAUGUAAUACAUGUUCAGUCAAACUUUAUAGGUUAUCCCUGUUCCCUCACUCUUCUCAAUCACUGAUAAUUAACCCCAUUUGAUCUGUCAUAUGAGCUCUGCCAAUCACUGAUAGCCCAAUAUUCUGUCGUAUGAACUCUGAUAAUCAUUGAUAGUUAAACCAGUUCAGCCUGUCAUAGAAGCUCUGACAAUCAGUGAUAGUUACUACGGUUAUCCGUCGAAUGAGCUCUGCUAAUCACUGAUAUUUCACCCAGUUUAACAUGCCUUGUGAUCUCUGCCUAUAACUGAUGGUUAUCCCAGUUUAAUCCGCCCCAUGAGCUUUGCCUAUUACUGAUAGUUAACUCAGUUUAAUCUGCCUCGUGAACUCUGCCUAUCACUGAUCGUUACCCCCGUUUAAUCGGCCAUAUGCAAUUUGCCAAUCAUUGAUAGUUGUUCCAGUUUAUUAUGCUUUGUGAGCUCUUCCUAUAAAUAAUAGUUACCUGCAUUUAAUUCGCCAUGAGAUUUAUCAAUCAUUGAUAGUUAGCCCACAUUAAUCUUCCAUAUGAAUGCUGCAAGUUAUCAUUCAUUGAUCUAACACUUGAGCUGUCAAACACUUAUCCUCUUCAGUCCCUUCUAAGCCCUGUCAGUCACUACAAUUUAUCCUUUGUGUACGUCACUGUAUUAAAUCAUUGGUAGUUUCGUUUCGUUUUUGUGUAAUAUUUUCGUUUAGUUAUCUGGAUUUAGUAUACUAGGACCUAUUUUUUUAUUUGCCUGUUCCUUGACAUCACCUCUAAAAAGCAGUUUUGUAUUUCAUAUUUUGUGAAUCUACCAUAUAAGCUCUCAGGAGUUAAUCUGUCAGUUCUGCUGACCAAUGUCAAAAAUAGUUAUCCCCUGAUGUUUUGCCUUAUCCACCCUGUUGUACAUGUUACAUGUAGUUUGGGUAAUCUGUUGCAUGAGCUCAAACACUGAGAUUUCUGCUCUGAGAUGGGCCGUAUUAACAUUUAAUUUGUCAAACACUGUUCCACCUUUCAUUAGGGAUAAAUUCAUUUUCCAACUUCAAUAUGUUACAUCACCUCUAACUCAAUCUGCCGUUUAUCCGGUCUUUGUACUGUUAGUUAUCACCGUGCAAGAAUUUAUUGAAGGCUUGCAAACAUGUUUAACAAAAUUUAAUUUUUCAAACAUGGGUAGUCUCCCAUCGUAAAUAUUUGUAACCAUAUCCAACAAACGAUGCUGAUUGUCCCGUGAUUAUACCAAACACUGUCUAUUCUUCAAACUUAAUCCAUCAAAUGAUACCUGACAAACACUUCAAGUACCAAGGUAGAAGUUCUUUUGCGUGAGUCUUAUGUGAACAUCAGUAGCAGAGGGGAGACAAAAUGUUUGUGCUGUAUCAGUCGUCCUGUAUGAUCUCUACUAAGAACUAAUGGGUCAGUCUUUACUAAUGCGCGUUAACAUUUCAUGACAUAGACUUAUCAAUACAGUCAGCUUUUGGCGUCAGUCUCGCCCAAACCAGGUCUGGUGAAUACUUCAUAUACUCUCUAACUAAUCGUACUGACCUUACUGUAUAGGGAGCAGCUGCUUGAUUUGUCGUUAGGGAGAUUUCUUUUGCACAGUGAAUGUUCGCUGGAUUAUCCGUCCGUCAGUAUUUUGAAAUCAAAGCAGAUUUCCAGCAAAAUAUAUUAAGAUGGUUUUAAAGAAUAAUUGAAACGGCCUUGAUAAGUGAUGGAGUUUUUGGAGUUGGCUCAUCCGUUCGUCAGCUUUUUGACGGUGUGACAUGCAAUAACCUUGUCCAUGCCAUGCCACCAGAAGUGCUAGCCUAGUAUACAUGUAAUCAGAUUUGGUUUGAAGUUGGGCCCUAAGAACUGUUGAACCUUAGAGAGGAGACAGUUUUGUUUCAAAAACGUUUCUAGUUUUGUCAAGUUACAAGCAUUCAGUCACAAUAGCAUUUGUUACUGUAUAAUGUCCGCAUGGAACAUGUCAUUUUUUCUGUGUCUGCAGAAAACCUGUUUUGUACCCAUCAAAAAUCCAUUAAAAUGUCUUUGCAUCAGCCCGUUUUUUUUUUUUUU